AUGCAGGACAGCGACAGGAGCAGCACCGGGAGCCCGGAGGCAGCCCCGACCACGCUCCACGAGCACCAGAUGAUGCUCGAGAGCAUGAGGAACUCGCGCAAGAAGCGGCGCAGCCCCUCGCCAAACAAAAACCUCGAGCACGCGAAACGAGUCGCCCAAGCUCAGCUAAACGGCACCAUGGCGGGAAUGGUGACGCUUCAGAAUCUCCAAAACCUCGCGAAUCUGCAGAACCUGCCGCAGGUCGCGUCCUUCGCGGCUGGACUCCAGGGCAUGUCUUCCGAACUCACCAGCAAUCAGCUCAUCAACGCACCCCUAAACCUCACCGUCACUCCACCGGCUGGCUCGGUCUCGACGACACCAUCGUGCACGACGGCACCGAUGGUGACACUAAGCCAGCUCCUGGCCCAGCCCCAGCCCAUCGCCAUGCCACAGUUCGUCAUGGCCUCAGGCCAGCUCGUCCAGGGUAUCCAGGGUGCCCAACUCUUUAUACCCACGUCGCAAGGUAUAGCCACGCAAACAAUACUGACCAUUCCCGUGAGUCACGUGAGCAACAACAACCAAAUAGUCAACCUGGCGCUGAGCAACGGCCAGGUCGUCUCGACGACGCUCGCGAAUCUGCAGUCCAUCGCCCAGCCCCAGGGCCUGAUCAGCAACCCCACGAACAACGUGCCGACGAGUCCGAGCUUGGGGGCUGGUUUGGGCAUCAGUCCAGCGGCGCUGUCGCACCUCCUCGGCAACAGUUCCGCGAGCCAACAGCUCCUCAACGCCAUGCAGCCCCAACAACUGCUCCAGGCCGCUCAGGCGGUGCAGGCCCAGGCGGUCGCCGCCCAACAACAGGCGGUCGCCUCGCAACAACAACAACAACAACAACAACAACAACAGCAACAACAGCAACAACAGCAGCAGCACCAACAGCAACAGCAGCCCCUUCUCGCGUCCUCGCCCCAACAGCACGUCGUCAGCCAUCGGCACGCCUCGCACAUCAACCACUACGCGCAGCAACAGUCGGAGAAGCACUACAGGGAGCGGCUGGAGCAGUCGUCGCCGUUGAACGGCUCCGCGGCUUCGGCUCUCAAUCGGCUGGCGGCCAGUAACGGCGAGAUCACCAUCACUACGACCCACGGCUCCGGCAUCGCGAACGUCAAAGCGUCCCCGAGCAGCGUCCACAGCGUCAAGGAAGAGGACGACGAUCUUCUCAACGAUUCCUCGAACCAGCCGACGAUCAACGAGGCGACGAACAACGUCGUCGACGGCAUCAACCUGGAAGAGAUAAAGGAGUUUGCCAAAGCUUUCAAGCUGCGCCGGCUGUCGCUCGGGCUCACGCAGACGCAGGUCGGCCAGGCGCUUAGCGUCACCGAGGGCCCGGCGUACAGUCAAAGUGCCAUUUGCAGUGCCCUGGCUUUGCAGAUGUACGCUCAGCGGCAGAAUCAAACUAUGUUCGAAAAGCUCGACAUAACGCCGAAAAGCGCCGUGAAAAUCAAGCCGGUGCUCGAAACGUGGAUGGAGAAAGCCGAGGAUAGGUAUAAGAGCGGUGCCAACCACCUGACGGAUUUCAUCGGCGUCGAGCCCAGCAAAAAGCGGAAGCGGCGUACCUCGUUCACACCCCAGGCCCUGGAGCUGCUUAACGCGCAUUUCGACAGAAACACGCAUCCUUCCGGGCCCGAAAUCACAGCGCUGGCGGGGCAACUGGGCUACGACCGCGAAGUCAUUAGGAUCUGGUUCUGCAACAAGAGACAGGCCCUCAAAAACACCGUGAGGUUGAUGUCGAAGGGCAUGUCUUAAGCGCGACCGGCGAAUAAAAUCGGUGGGCCAGACCAAUCGUUGGACGACCGGCAUCGAGGACCGGCGAGAGGGAAAAGACACCACCGGCCGAACGCAGCCGGCUCUCACCUUUUCCCACCCUCCCAAGCCUCGAUCCAUCGCUAUCCCUAUCCAUCUCCCUCUUCCAACGCUGCAGCGAAUUUUGCAUUUCACGGGAGAGAAGCUGAUGGUGACACGCGUACGAUGGUUUCCACGACACGACACUGUGAGAAUAUUAUACCUAUAGCUUUAAGCUUCGUUGUGAUCCGUCAAACGGGCCGUCGAGGCAGAGAAGGAUGCGAGAGAUAUCGAGCGGCAGACAAGUAUAUAGGGACAAAUACACACACAUACACACACACACACAUAUAUAUAUAUUAUAAAUAUAUAUUUACACACAUACUUAUCAUGCGCAUUCGGAAUAAUGAUGAUAUAAUUAUAUAUACUAUACGAAGCGAGUUCGUGAUCCAAAUCUUGUUUCUAGCACAACUAAACUCUCUCCUCUUUUUUUU